AUGGUUGCUCGUGGGUUCAGUCACUUCUCUCAAAGGCCCAAACUGAGUUCAUCAUCACAGAUUCACUACGCAUCGACUAAGAGCCAAUCGCCAAACGAAGGUCGCAGACGAUGGAAGCUCCGGGUUGCACAAAAGUUCUGGUCCUCGGGCGAGAAAACAACCACUGCUGGCGGUACUGAUGACAAUGCGGAUUUUCACAUGGAUGUUGAUCCUUUUGACGAAGCGUCGACUAGCAGAGAAGAGCUGGGAAUCCUUUUGCGGACUGAUUUUUCCGAUGAGGCUGCUUGGCUGGCUUUCUGUAGUCGAUUGGAAGAAGGAGAGAAGGAGUUUACAACCAGCCCUUUGGAAGAAGAUGUCAUGAUGAUGGACGAUCAACCCGAGCCCAACAAAGCAAGUCCGAAUGGCACCACUGCAACUACAACAGCAGAUGAUGACAGCGAUGAAUCUGACGAUGAAAACUCGCUCAGUGCAAUCUUUCACGUCGUCAAUCCAUCUCUACCCCAGGAACGUGCUCUGUUAACCAACAUCUCAAAUCUGGCUGCGCUUCGCCUUUUUAAUGAUGUGGAUGUCCGACAAGCUCCCACUCCUCCACCAGAUACCAAACGCAUCAGGCCUCCAAACAGAUUAGUUGACUCAGGUGGCUGGCAGGAGAUCUAUGUGGGAAAAAACCUGUGGAUAUACGACACGAAGUCCAACAGUGAUCAAUGCGUGCGGGUGGUCAGUCAAACCAGCUCGGACAUGUAUGGGACAGCAACGGCCGAUAGCUGGAGAGCUAGGGUAUCUCACAUCUGCGAAUUGCAAGUAAACCUAUCGACCUUCGGAGGCCUGGAUCGCUGGGAUUACGCGGAACGUCAACGAAACGUGCAGGAAGCUGAGACUCCAGGAGUUUUGUGA